AUGACUCGCCUUGUUGAAAAUUUUGAGUCGGACGGGCUGAAUGAAAGUUUGAUGGUGAAGCAGAUGGCUGAAAGUUUGGAGGAAGCCCCCAUUGUUGAGCGUUUGGUGGUGUACCCCACUGUUGAGCAUUUGGCGGUGUUCCCCACUGUGGAGCAUUUGGUGGUGUGCCCCAUUGUGGAGCAUUCGGUGGUGUGCCCCAUUGUGGAGCUGGUUGGGGUGAUCCCCAUUGUUGAGCAUUUGGUGGUGUGCCCCAUUGUUGAAAACUGGGAGCCCAUAAUCCUCCUGAACUUUGUCCUCCUAAACUGUUACCGACAAAGAUGGACUUCCAGAUGA